CAAUCACUCGCCUGAUCAUCAACCAACACGCAGCUCGCUAUCAAUCAGCGACAUGCUCAGCUCCUGGAGAAAAAGUCUCGGGUCCUGGUCACCUACAAAGAAGCCAUUGGCGCUCGACGAGGACGUCGCAACUGGCGGACAUCAACAGCAGUUGGGAGAUCAACACCAUGAUUCGCGGCUAGAGCCGUCGCUUUGGGGUCACCUUGACGUCGAAAACAGGCAGGGCAAAGUCACUGGAGGCUUGCCAUUGACUGAGAGGGACUGCAAUAUUGGAAGAUCGUCAGACAAUGACAUCCGCCUCUGCGAGAUCGGCGUAUCACGGCAUGCCUGCCGCGUCCAUUUUGAUCAUCCAGGGCAGGCAAGGCUACUACUCCUCGGCUCCACAAAGGUCGUCGUCAACGACUGUCAUAUCCUCCCGCUUCCAGACUCGGACGAGCCAGUCUCUGUCCUACUUUCUUCAGAGGACCUCGUCGUCAUUCACAAGUACCGCUUCCGCUUCAGGUACGCAGAGCAGGCUUCAGGGAGCAGCAAGGGCCCCACGUUUGUCCCAUCAAGUCCGGCGGAUCAGCGAAGAGCGUCUGUUGCAGCGCUCACAACGCCGUCUGGCCAGAGGAGGAGAGUCAGGAUGAGCUUAGUACGAGCCGCGACGAUCGAUACGCCCGAGAAGGCAGAGUCUGUAGCCAGAGAUCUCGAGGAUCUUGAUGAAGAGGAGGGAGAUCAGCCGCCGCCGCAGCUGCGCAAAGGCCCUGCAGCAUUCUCAUCUUCUCCUCACGAUCAGGAGGAUGGCGAGCAAGUUUUGGUCCUCGAAGAUGAUGGGAAUGGAGAAGGCGAAGAGAAGGAAGCAAAAGAGCAUGCCAUGGAUGUCGAUGUGGAGCCCACCCGCUAUGCCGAGCCAGAGAAGCCGCCGUCGCCAUCCAAGAAGGAUCGUCGUCGCUCGAGCUUCCUGGGCCGUGCGUGGCCGUUUGGCUCGUCAUCUCAGGAGGUCUACGCAGACGAGCGUCAGGCAACGCCGGCGAAAGAGGGCGAACCUAGCGAGGAGCCGAAGAUGAAUGACGGCAACGCGAGUCAGUGGGACGACGAAGAAGAGGACGAGCAAGGCGUCGACAGCAAUCAGAGCCCCUGGGGCACUCCUCGUCUACCCCACAGUCAGAGCUCCCCUGGCCGCCUUGUGGGCUCACCGUCCUUCUUGAAUCACGGCAGAAGGAAUCUCAGUUUGCGUACCAAGACGCUUCUCAAGCACAGCGCAGCUCUUGUGGAGCGACUUGAGAGUGAGGCAAUGAUGGAAUCAACUCCGGCCUCGCCCAGCAAGGCCUCGCCGCUGCAAGAAGCGGUCACCUUACCGACACAGCCAGAGGAAGAGGAUGAGAGCAGCGCGCCGAGCUCGGAUCUUCAAUCAUCGCCUAGUGUAGCAGAAGACGGUGCUGCGGAUGAGGACGACGAGGACGAGGUUGAGAAGAGCUUGAGCCUUGGUAGCUUGAGCCUAGAUGAAGAGCCCGCGCCGCUUCCAGCAAGACAGCUGCAACCCUUGUCGCUUAAGGCGGACUUGCCAAGCUUCGUGGUCCAAGAGCGCUCCGUCAAGCGCCAGUCAAUGCCCGUGGCAGCCAAGCGCAGGAGUUUGUUUGGGUUCCUGCCCAUUCGCCCAUCAAAAGAGGCAGAGGACGUCGUUGGUACGGUGUAUCGAGCAACAUCCGACGAGACAAGCCAACCGUCUUCCGACUCGAUGCCCUCUACCCCUGCCGUUGCCUUUGAAUCACUCCGCGCACCCGCUCGAGAAGCCUUGCGAUAUCUCCUGUCCAACAAGACCAGGGCGCCUCCCACUCCGGUCGAGGCAGAGGCAGCUCCUGCCACGGCCGCUCCUCGCUAUGGCAUGCUGCGUGAGCUUAUGCUUGGUCGCCCAGAGAAUGUUGCGCUGCUGGAUCAGACGAGGAAAACAACCAAGCGCGGCAGUCUCAUUCUCUCCUCUUCGGGCCAAGUCGCACCGCAAUUACCCGCCGAGACGACGCCAGAUGUUGUCUUCCUGCGUCAGAUCUUCAAGCUCCCAAGAUCAGAGACAGACACGGAUGUCCAAUUGAAGAGCGUGCGCUUCACUUUCGAUGAGUUCGCCUUCAUGCUCGACGAGGAUUCACAAGAGGAGGCAGACGACGAAGACCGAGAAGACUUUGCCGACUUCAUUGUCUCCCCCGCCGCACGUCGCGCCCUCCUCCAGACAGCCUCAAGUUUCGCGCGCCUCUCGUCAGACGAAGCGGCCGUACAGUCUGCGGCCUUCAUCACGUCAAUGCAAGAGGUCGAAGCUGCAGCCGCCGAGCAAGGAGACGUUGAGCCUCGUCGUCGUAAGACCAGACGUGGCUGCCGCGGCGGGAGGAGAAGGGGAAAGAGUUCGAGCUCGUUCGCUCAGUUGACUGGGCAGGAUGGCUCGGACGUCACUGAGAUGCCGGAGGUGGCCGAGGAGAGGAUUGAAGCUGAUGGACAGGUGAAGGCGCCGGUUGAGACCACUGAGGAAAACAUGGUGCAGCCCAAGGUCGAGCCAGUGUCCGCACUUCAGGAGGCUGAGCCGACGCAGGAUGAGUCAAUGCAGGUCGACGCAGACGCUGACGAGCAACAAGACGCUCCAAUGGACAUUCCCGCGCCGGCUUUCGCUGAGGAUGAAGAGGCAGAGGUGCCAUCGCCAUUCGCGUCCUCGUCGCCACCCUCGACACCGAAGAGGCGAAGGACGCAGCUGCCAGAGGAAAGCUCGUCGCCUGCCAAGGCCAUUGCCAGGGAAGAGGAGUCGAGCCUUCCUAGCCCGCUCAAGAGCAGUCGGAAGGUCAAUCACGAGCAAGACGCGGGAGAGAAGAAACGAUCGCCUACGAAGGCAGACGCCCAAACCGUCGAAGAGGAAGAGAAGCCAGCUCGCCCCGCGAGUCCCGUCAAGAGAUCACCCGUCAAGGCGCUGAGAACACCUCGAACGCGCGCUGCUCAGCCACCAGCAACAGGGGAGACGGUUGCAGAGUCAUCGGCGACUCACCCUGCCACAGAAGACGCAGAAGACAAGGGAGUCGUCUCGAGCCCUGCCCCGCCCCGCUCAACUAGACGUCAAGCCGCAGCCGUUACCACAUCGCAAUCCUCCCCGACGAAGUCAGCUGCCACCCGCAGCACGGCGACUAGACGAGGUGGGCGACACAAGAAGAACGCUUCGUCAGUGGUCGAACCGAUCGACCCCCCUUCCGUGGACGCUGAGAAGCCGAUCGCGGCCGCGCCUUCAAGUGCAGCAGCGGAGAUCGAGGAGAGCCAGCCAGCUACCAUCGAGGAAGAGAGCAACGAUGCGCCCCUUACUCGGGGACGCAAGGCUGCCCCACCCGUUGAGAAGUCGGCUGCACCUCUCACGGGCAAGGCUGCUCUCCCUCCCAAGCCCGUUGCCGCCACCAACGCAACGAGAUCGACCCGCGGGCGCAGGGCGGCUGCGGCUGCGACUGCGAGCCACAGCAGCGAGAAUGAGGAGGAGCAGCAGCAGCCGCAACAGCAACAGCAUCCGCAGGAGCAGGCCGACGUUGCGGACAAGGCGGACGAGCCCUCUGCCCCUUCACCUGCCGUAACGAGGCGAGCAGCACGCGGCGGCGGGGCAAAGAAGGCCAGCGCCCCAUCAAUCAAGUCAGCCUCCAGCCCCGUCAAGCCUUCAGCACCUGCAACCUCAACCGCCAAGCGCACAGCGCGAGGGGCAGCCUCGACAGGUGGGAGGGGUAAGCGAGGCCAGCAGAAGGGAGGGAAAGACGAAGACGGGGAGGACGAGGCGCAAUCUGAGCCUCAUUCUGAGCCUAGUCCGCCGACGUUGAGGACCAGAAGCGGGAGGACGGUCAGGAAGGUGUGAGAGUGUGGCUCCUCGUUGUUUCAGGCGUAGUAGGGCGACGUUUCAAUGAUAUCCAGCACGUCUAAUCU